ACAGGUGAAUACUAGCUCUGAUUGUCUUCCACUACUUUGAGAUUUGCUGUUGAUCAAACACGAGAAAGGACGUCACAUUGUCAUUAUGGCAGGAGGAAAUAUCAUCGUGAAAGGGGUUCUCCUUUUAGUUGUUGUUGUUGUUGUUGUGGUAAAAGCAGCUCCACCAAACUGUAGGAAAAAUUUUCCUGAUGAUUGCCCAGACGGUACGGUCUGCCUUGCACCAGGAAGUUCGAAUAACCCUAGCCAGUUUAAAUGCAGAACCUGCGAUUGUGCUAACGUAACUCAGUGUCGAUUGAAUGAUCAAAAUACAGUUUUUUGUGACUGUACAGGCUUCGGAUUCACUGGUGACACAUGCAGUGAAGACAUUAACGAGUGUGAAACAGGAGCAGACAAUUGUCAUACGAAUGCAGCAUGCGCCAACACUGAGGGAAGUUUCACAUGUACUUGUAACGCAGGUUUUUCUGGCGAUGGAGUGACAUGCAGUGACAUUAACGAGUGUGAAACAGGAGCAGACAAUUGUGAUCAGAAUGCAGCAUGCGCCAACACUGAGGGAAGUUUCACAUGUACUUGUAACGCAGGUUUUUCUGGCAAUGGAGUGACAUGCAGUGACAUUAACGAGUGUACAACUGGAACAGACAAUUGUGAUCAGAAUGCAGCAUGCGCCAACACUGAGGGAAGUUUCACAUGUACUUGUAACGCAGGUUUUUCUGGCAAUGGAGUGACAUGCAGUGACAUUAACGAGUGUACAACAGGAACAGACAAUUGUGAUCAGAAUGCAGCAUGCGCCAACACUGAGGGAAGUUUCACAUGUACUUGUAACGCAGGUUUUUCUGGCAAUGGAGAGACAUGCAGUGACAUUAACGAGUGUACAACUGGAACAGACAAUUGUGAUCAGAAUGCAGCAUGCGCCAACACUGAGGGAAGUUUCACAUGUACUUGUAACGCAGGUUUUUCUGGCAAUGGAGUGACAUGCAGUGACAUUAACGAGUGUACAACAGGAACAGACAAUUGUGAUCAGAAUGCAGCAUGCGCCAACACUGAGGGAAGUUUCACAUGUACUUGUAACGCAGGUUUUUCUGGCAAUGGAGAGACAUGCAGUGACAUUAACGAGUGUACAACUGGAACAGACAAUUGUGAUCAGAAUGCAGCAUGCGCCAACACUGAGGGAAGUUUCACAUGUACUUGUAACGCAGGUUUUUCUGGCAAUGGAGUGACAUGCAGUGACAUUAACGAGUGUACAACAGGAACAGACAAUUGUGAUCAGAAUGCAGCAUGCGCCAACACUGAGGGAAGUUUCACAUGUACUUGUAACGCAGGUUUUUCUGGCAAUGGAGAGACAUGCAGUGACAUUAACGAGUGUACAACAGGAACAGACAAUUGUGAUCAGAAUGCAGCAUGCACCAACACUGAGGGAAGUUUCACAUGUACUUGUAACGCAGGUUUUUCUGGCAAUGGAGUGACAUGCAGUGACAUUAACGAAUGUACAACAGGAACAGACAAUUGUGAUCAGAAUGCAGCAUGCGCCAACACUGAGGGAAGUUUCACAUGUACUUGUAACGCAGGUUUUUCUGGCAAUGGAGUGACAUGCAGUGAUAUAAAUGAAUGUCUUCAAAAUCCAUGCCAGUCUGGGUUAGCCUGCAACAAUAAUGAACCUGGAUUCUGCUGUGAAUCUUCAACAAAACGAUAAAUACGAAGAGGACCCGUUGAAGAUGACAUCUAGGACGACUAGAAUGACAAUGGAUUUAUAAAUCAAUUCAUGUUUAAUUGGUAGAUUUAUAUAUGUUAAUUAUAAUUAAAAAAAAAAUUAAACAUGGGAGUCAGCGAGUGAUCUGGGUUUGAUUCCCAGUCAUGGCUGAUAUCCCGACUAGUGUUCAGCACUGGGUGAUUUACUUAAAUUGGUACUGUGUCUAGCAGUAUCAGCCUAGACUGGAUGCUUGGGAGGUAAAGAUGACGCCUGCCGUGGGCUCAGCUAGAAAUAAGUUGUUCCAUCCAUUCCAGAUGGGGAUUUCAUCGACUGCCCACAUUAAACAAGAAACCUUUUACCUUUUUUUUAAAGAAGCAGGCUUGCAGAUGAAGAUAAGACUUUCAGAUAGCAGUGACAGUAUCAAAGUUCAAAAGUUCAUUAUUUUUUCCAGCUAUGGCCUGUUCACAAACAUUCUGUAUUCUCGAAAUAGAAAUCUUUAUUUUUAAGUUUGUAUAUGAAUCCAUUGUCCUUCUUUCAUGACUGAGGAAAAAAAAAUCAAAAAAAUCUCUUUUUCAUAUGAAUGUUAGAAAUGUAUGUGUGUUUAUCCAUGCUAUGUCUUAAUAUAGUAAAUAUAUCAGAUAACUGGCUAAUAAUUAAUCACUUCUUCUAUAGAUUUAAAUGUGUUAAGUAUAAUUAAGCUGUCUUCAAAAUAGUCAUUUGCUUAGAAAUUCACAAAAGUACAGUUCUGAAUUACUAAUUAAUAAGUUCAUUUAGCUUUCCUCUUAAACAUGGUGAAGCAUUACCAGUACUCAAUACUCAGAACAAUAUAUUAUUACUCCUUAUUAAUGUUAAACACAGUUAUGCAUUAAUUUUUGCAGUUCAGAAUUUCUCAUUUAAAAAGUGUUUAGCUUUAACUGAUGUUAAUGUAAUUUUCAAUGUAAAUCACAUGUGUACAGAAGACCAAACAUUCACCUCUGUUAUAAUGACCUUGUACAUACUGGCAUGCUGUAAAAUCAUUACUUUUUGUGGACAUGAAAUGAGCCACGCCAUGAGAAAACCAACAUAGUGCGUUUGCGACAAGCAUGGAUUCAGACCAGACUGCACAUCCACGCAGUCUGGUCAGGAUCCAUGCUGUUCGCUUACAGUUUCUCUAAUUGCAAUAGGUUUUGAAAUUUCGUGGUUCCAGCCAAACCGAAAUUAAUUGGUUGAUAGCAGCCACUUGAGAUGAAAUUGAUGAGAGCUUUUGUUUGUUUGUUCUGAUUUAAUUUCGUGUAUUGGCACAGUUUGGAAACCCACAAAAUUAUAUUCAACCACAAAUAUUAUUGAUUAUACAGUAAUUGUUAUGAUUGCACAAAUUAUCAUCAUUUUUGCAAAUCUUUUUUGAUCUUAUAAAGUAAUUGUUUUAUUUUAUGCUAAGGCCUAAAAAAAAAUCUUUGUUUCCGGUAACAUGCUAAAAAAAGUUAGGGUAGGUAGGUCGAAAUUUUUUUUUUUUUUUUUUUGACUAAAGGAGACUUCUCGGAAACUAUUUUUGUGUCAAAAAGUGAAUACAAAUAAGAGGGUUAUACCUUUAGAGCAUCAGUAAGUUGAUUUCUAACAUUAUUGGCCAUAUUUAGAGCAUAAAAAGUUCAGUUUUGCAACUUUUUGUUAAAAAGUUAAAAAAAUAUUCUCCAAGGCCAUAAAGCAUUUAGGGUCGGGCCUAAAAGUAAGGGUAGGUUGGGAUACCGGAAACAGACAUUUUUUUUACGCCUAAAAUGUUUUAUCUUAUUAAUUUACUACACCUAUUGUAAACAGUUUUGAUUUCUGUUCGAAUAUUUAUGAUUUUACUGAAAUGUAUGGAAUGUUUGUGAUAGAAUUGUUGAUAUCAUUUAUCAUUGUCGUUUUACUUUGAACUUUUCUGUCUUUCCCCAUAAAUUCUUUCCAAUAAAAUUCUUGAAAAAAUUCAAAA